CGUCACUAAGCUAUCCUACUUUAAUACAUUGAAAGGGGCAAAAAAAAGGGUAUCUGGAGUUCUGGUUGAAAUACGACGUCACAUAUAUGCAAAUAUAUCCUUACUCGGCCAUUGACCGCCGUGAAUCUGAUGCUUCUGCUAGUUCAGGAGCUAUUCAUGCAUACAAUGGAGUGGCUUCUCAGCCAUUGAUCCUAGCAUCUCCCAGAAGGUCAGAAUCUGUGAAAGAUAAGAUAACGAUGGAUGGAAAUUCAGCUGUUCCUAAUCAAGAUAUAGAAGGCACUGCCAUGCAAUCCAUGGGUCAGAUCACAAAUGUUUAUAUCUGGGACAUGGAUGAGACCCUUAUACUUCUCAAGUCUUUGUUAAAUGGAACAUAUGCUGAAUCUUUCAAUGGUUUAAAGGAUGUGCCUAAGGGUGUAGAAAUUGGGAAGAUGUGGGAGACACGCAUUCUUCAACUCUGUGAUGAAUUAUUCUUUUAUGAGCAAAUUGAAAACUACAACAUGCCUUUUCUCGAUGCCUUGAGCCGAUAUGAUGAUGGCCGGGAUUUGUCUGAUUAUGAUUUCAACAAAGAUGGAUUUAGUCCUCCUUAUGACGAUGCAAACAAAAGAAAGCUAGCAUACAGGCACAGAGUCAUAGCAAAUAAGUAUAAACAGGGUUUGCCUGAUGUUCUUGAUCACGAGAUGAUGAAAAUCUGGGAUGAGUUGUAUGACCUAACAGAUGAAUACACAGAUAAAUGGCUCUCCUCAGCACGGGACUUCUUGGAGCAAUGUUCAGGCAGGAAGGAAGAUCCAGCAAACUCUCUUGCCUCUGAUGGUGGGAUGGUCAACCAUCUCGAUAACAAACCUGAGCACAUAAAUGUGUUGGUGACUUCUGGAUCAUUGAUACCCAGCCUUAUUAAGUGUCUUCUUUUUCGGCUUGACAAUUUGAUAACACAUGGAAAUGUUUACAGUUCAUGGGAAGCAGGGAAAGGGAAACUCCAAUGUUUUCAGUGGAUUAAUGAUCGAUUUAAUGGUCCAAAUGUUCGUUUUUGUGUGAUUGGGGAUGGAUGGGAAGAAUGUGAAGCUGCACAGACCAUGCAAUGGCCGUUUGUUAAGAUUGAUCCCCGUCCCAACGGUUCUCACAGGUUUCCAGGCCUCACAUUGAGAACGCUAGGCUACUAUUUUGCUGUUGUUUAUGAGAGCUCCGCUGCUGAAAAUGACGAGUCAUAAUCUCAUCUAUGAUACAUGUUAUCUGUGUUCUUUCCAGGAUUAGUUUCUGUAGUCUCAAAGGGUCAACAUUAUGAAGUCAAUAUUAUGAAAAUCAGGUACAUCAGUUAUAUACACGUUGUUCAGAAGAAAAAAAUGAGGGUGUAUUUUUUUUUUU